AUGACCAAGAGAACCAAGAAGGUCGGCAUCACCGGAAAGUACGGUACCCGCUAUGGUGCUUCCCUCAGAAAGCAGGUCAAGAAGAUGGAAGUGACCCAGCACGCCCGCUACACCUGCACCUUCUGCGGCAAGGUCACUGUCAAGAGACACUCCGUCGGCAUCUGGGACUGCAAGUCUUGCAAGAAGACUGUUGCUGGUGGCGCUUACACCGUCUCGUACGUUUUCCCCCUCUCGACCACCAGGACGACGCAUCCUUCGCCUGAAUCUGGACAACCCGACUAA